AUGCAACUUUUGGGUGAAGUAAUUGAAGUUACAGUUCUAACUCAAGGUGUUCACAUACAAAAAGUGAAAGAAAUUGAGAUUGAGCUCAAUGUUUCGCGUGCAGCACAAAAGUAUGGAGAACAAAUUCUUGAAACAGUUAAAAAGUACUACGAUGAAGCACAGGAAGCUGUUCGAACGGCACAGGCUGCGUACACAAAAGCUUUGGAAGACUUGCCAACUGGAUGGGAUAAGAUUCUACAGAAUUUCGUACAGAGCGUUGUUGAUGUAAUCGAUGAUGUUGUACCAAUGAUCGUAGGAGGAGCCUUCGGAGGAAAAGUUGGAACAGUCCUCGGUGGUAUCGUUGGUGCAGAUCGUGGUGGUAAUGGAGGAAGUGAACCAGUCACAAACUUUGGUGACAAGAUUAUUUCAAGUUAUGCCAAUAUAUGGUAUGAUACAAUGCAAACAGUUCGUUUAACAGUAACACCAACAUGCUAUGCAAGAAAAAUUGAUUCAGCUGAUAGUGGUAUCAGUGAUGUAUGA